AAUAGAAUGCUGACAGUUUUGUUAAUGAAAUCUUUAUGGAUAAAAGUAAGAGGGGAAUGGAAAUAUCUGCUAAUAUAAAGAAGACAAUUGAACCCUGGAGAAAUAAAAUAUCCAAUGCUUAUUCCUCUGAGAAUAAAGGUGGGGUUUUUGGUCUGCUUAAAGAAUAUUUUAUGGAUUUAUAAACAAAAUGAAACUGUCUUGAUAAUUCAUUAUUGAUAAAUCCUUGUCCUCUUUGGCACUCUACUUUUCUUGAAUAUCUUUAUUUUAUACAACAUUGGCACUCAGCUAUUAGCCUAGAUUUCUGGAUGUUUGUCUUCUCUGGCCUUUAUCCCUAUCAAGUCUUAUGACUUGUGUGUUCUAGGAUUUUCUUUGUGUGGUCUCUCCAACUGAAUAGAAAAGGGAAGGAUUUCUAACCUCCAUAAUUUCUAACGUGAUCACUUUUUCUUAAUUGCUAGAUCAUACUUGUCUCCAUCACCAUCCAAUUAAUCUUCCCUGUGUCAUCAGUCAUCUUUCUCUGAUGUAACUGUCCUAACGUCUCUUGUUUGCAAACCUUCCUAACGAAGCUUAUGAAUGGAGCUACGUGGUAGACUGUUAUGUAGCAAUUGAAACCUUCCCUCCUGAAAGAGGGAGGGAGGCUCAUAAGACACAGGAAAUAAACAAACUUACAACUUUCAAAAGGCCCCGGAACUUAUAAGAUUCAUAAGGCCCCUUUCCAAGGUUAUCUAAACAGUAACACUUGCUGGACAGAGGAGACUCUCUCACCCCCACCGGCUCAGCUGCCUGUGCGCCAUGCAAGGAGCUCCAGAGAUGCAGCUUUGGUGAGUCGUCGUCACCAAUGCUCUAGUGGAUUUUUUGAUGAUCAUCUGGCUUUGCGACAUCCAUGCUGUACGGUGUUGUGCUGUUGCUGUUUGCUUUUGCUGUGGCAGUGUAAAAGCAUCUGUGGAAAUGACUGGUCCAGCAGAAGGAAGCAACUGAGACAACUUGAUCCAGAUUCAAAGAAGAAGUAACGGACAAGAGAAAGUAAACAGACAGAGGAAAAGGAAGGAGGGUGACCUCUUCCUCAACCUGUUUGCAGUAUUACCUGUGGUCCCCACUACAGUCAUCAUGCCUCGUGGCCAGAAGAGCAAGCUCCGUGCCCGUGAGAAGCGCCGCCAGGCCCGUGCUAAAAAUGCACUGGAGGGACAAGCCUCUCCAAGUCCUUUCUUUGGCUGUCCACAUCAGACUAUUCCUGUUGCCGGUAUGCCUACACCUCCCAACAUGCCAAUGGGAGCUUAUUCUACCUAUUCAGACACAUAUGCAAAUACACAUGCCCAAAACCUAGAUGAGAAAAGUUCGGAUGACUCUGAAGACGUUGAGGACUGGUGUAAAGAUCCUAUAAACCACAAAGUUGUCUUACUGGUACAAUUCCUGAUAGAGAAGUAUCAAAAGAAAGAAGUUAUCACAAAGGCAGAUAUGCUGAAGUCUGUUAUCAAAACAUCUAAGAAUCACUUCAAUGAGAUCCUGAAGAGAGCUUCAGAGCACAUGGAACUGGCCUUUGGUGUUGAUCUGAAGGAAGUAGAUCCAAACAGGCACUGUUAUGCCCUUUUUAACAAACUUGAACAUACCUUUGAUGGAGUGAUGGGUGAAGAAAAAGUGCCCAAUAGUGGCCUCCUAAUGAUUGUGCUGGGUGUGAUAUUCAUGAAAGAUAACUGUGCCCCUGAAACAGAGAUCUGGAAUGUGCUGAGUAUGAUGGGUGUAUAUGCUAAUAGAAAACACUUCAUCUAUGGAGAUCCUAAGAAGGUCAUCACUGAAGAUAUGGUACAGCUAAAAUACUUGGAGUACCGACAAGUGCCCAACAGCAAUCCUCCAUCUUUUGAAUUCAUGUGGGGUCCAAGAGCCCGUGCUGAGAUCAGCAAGAUGAAAAUCUUGGAGUUUUGGGCCAAGAUCCAUGAUACUACACCAGAUUCCUUCGCAACCUUGUAUAAAGCAGCUCUGAAAGAUGAUGAAGAAAGAGCCCAAGCCAGGGCUGCAGCCAGGGCUCGCACUGCUACAACGGCCAGUUCAUAUUCAAGAGCCAUGAUGCACAGCUCCCCCCCAUACUAAGUAAUGUUUAAGACUAUUUCACCAAUAUUUGUAAAGGUCAGUAAGCUACCUAAUAGUGGAAGGUUAAUAUAUUAUGAAGGAAGCAAGUGCUUAUAAUAUUUCUAUUUCUCGUUUAUAUUAGUAAAGUCCAGUUUUACUUUUACCCUCUUUUAAUUCUAGGUUAUACACCAAAGGUUGAAGUCUGAGGAAGAUUUUCUUUGUGGAAAUUAAGGACAAUGGACAAUUUAAAUAGUAGAUAGACACUCUAGAAGGAGCACAUUGAAUAUCACUGUUGCAUUUUUAUGCCAUAUUUAAGUUUCAUUUCACUUUUUUGUGUUAUAUUUCAGAUGUUUCUUGUAAAAGGUUUCAGUAAUUUAAAAUGUAAAAUAAGUAACACUUAUACAUUUAUAGUUUGAUGUUUUGGGAGGAAGAGUCACUUUUCUUUAGGGGUGUGACUGCUGGUAUGUUCUCCAUGUCCCAGUGGAUUAAUGUACACCUGGACCCAUAUGGGUAGCACUAACUGGACUUAACUAUUUUGUUAUUUUUAGAGAUGUAUAGGAAGAAAGGGAGAGCUCUAUGUCAUUUUGAAUCACCAGUUUGUUCAAUAUUAGCGUUUUGCUGGCUCAGUGAGUAAAAUCUGGGUCAAAAUAUAGUUGGUGAUAAAUAACACUGAGGUAGCAUAAUGAGAGGAUACUUAGUUCUUAGUUUUCUUUAUUUCACUUCAUUGUAUACAAAUAAAAUGUAUGUACUUUGAUUUGUUUUACUGUGGAAUUUAGGUGAUAAUAAAGUUUUUAAGCU